AUGAGCCACGAGAACGACAAUGGUGUCACGGAGCCGCUGCUCCCCGCGCGCUUUAAAGGUCGCUCCAAUUCUCUGUCUUCCUCUCCCAAUGUGGUGUACGAUGGCGAUUCUACGGGGCAUGUAGAGCGAGGCGAGGGCCACGUGAAGAACCGUCCCCUUCGAGAUUCGUACUUGAAGCAGCUGGGCUAUACACCCCUCAUUUUCAAGAAAAUGAAGAAAAUUGGCAGCUUUAUCGCCUCGAUGUCGCCGAUGCGGAACCGAAAGCCUAAUGACGACGACCUCCUUAGCGACGCCUUUCCGUAUCACCAGUCAAUCAUUCCAUCCAAGGGCUCGAUCCGCGGCUCCGUUUUCAAUUUGGCCGGCGCUACUCUUGGUGCAGGAGCGCUAUCAUUGCCGUAUGCAGUCGCAGUCUCUGGCUUGGGUUUUGCUGUGGCUCAGCUUGUACUGGCUGCAAUAUUAACUGUGUAUACGAUUCGAUUGCUGAUUCGCGCGGAGGAUAUUACAAAGUUGAAGUCUUACGAGGAUCUGGCCAUGUACUGCUUCGGCACGAAGAUGACGAUUUUCGUCGAGGUGAAUAUUCUGGUUUUCUGCUUUGGAAUUUCAGUCGCGUACCUUGUAACGCUAGGGGAUAUUAUCACGCCACUUGGUGAGCUCUGCUUCGGGAUGCAAAGUAUUUUCGCACAGCGAUGGGUGCUCAUGACGAUCUCGUGCGGAACGAUCAUGCUGCCACUAUCUAUGAUGAAGGACAUCAGCAGUCUCCAGUUUUCAUCCAUUCUGGGCGUGCUUUCUAUCAUCUUCCUCGUUGUGGCGGUGGCCAUCCGGUCAAUUAUGUACGCGAGUGCCAAUGGCAUUCCGGACGACAUUAGCUGGGCCAUCGAUUUGAGUCAUGGUCCGAACUUCAUGCUCAGCGUGCCAAUUGUUAUGUUCGCAUUUACCUGUCAGGUGAAUGUUUUCUCGAUUUACACGGAGCUGCAGCGUCCAUGCAUUCGGCGCAUGAACAAGGUAGUCGACCGCGCUACACUGAUCUCUUUCCUGAUCUAUCUCUCUAUCGGAGUGGUUGCGUAUCUGGCGUUUGGUCCUCAGCUCGCGGAACCGAAGUACAAGGGAAAUAUCCUUUUGAGUUUCCCGUUGAACGACACGUUGAUUGCCAUUAGCCGAGCCGCCAUCACCUUUACCGUGGCUGUGGCUUUUCCGUUGAACAUCUUCCCGUGUCGCUUCACUAUCGAUAUGAUGUUCUUCUCCAACUCGGAGGACUCGUGGCCGCGCCAUGUGGCCGUGACGAGCGGCCUGGUGCUGCUGGCACUACUGCUCGCUAUCUUCUGUCCCAGUAUUAAUGUGGUGUUCGGCAUCAUCGGUGGCACGUGUUCCACGGUUGUGUGUUUCUGCUUCCCGGCUGCAUUCAUCUUGAAGCUCGAGGACGGCCCACUGCUAGGCCCCAAGAAGAUCGGCCCGCUGCUGCUGUUCAUCGGCGCAAUUGUGAUCGGGUUUCUGGGUACGGGUGUAACGGUCUGGUCCAGCCUGCUCAUGCCGCCAGCGUGA